CCGUCUCACAGAUCAUCAGCUGUUAGCAGAGAGCACACGGAGAAUGGCUCCACUGGAACUAAUCCUCAUCUUCCUGCUUCAGUUUGAAGGCAUCAGAGGAAGAGAAUACUUUCUCUAUAAGAGACCUGGAGAAGAUGCCGUUCUGCCCUGUACCACUGAAUCAUCCUCACCCCAAACAUGCUCCACCGUUACAUGGAUUUAUAACAAAGAGAGAGUUCAGGCAAUCACUGAGGUCAUGAAUGGAAAAGUUACAGAGAGCUCAUCCCGAGCUGCCAGGCUGAGUGUGAACACUGACUGCUCUCUGGUCAUUAACAACGUCACUGCUGAGGAUGCUGGUCAUUACACCUGUCGGGAGGGGAGGGACAGUAACACUGAUGAAGUUACAUAUCUAAGUGUUCUGACAAUCUCUCCGUCUCAACCAGACGCUGAUCCAAACAGGGAGGAUGACAUCACAUUAGAGUGCUCUCUGUUUAGUGGAAGCGACAUUCCUUGUCGAGAGAACAGAAUCCGCUGGGUGGAUGAGAGCGGAGCUGAGCUGCUGGGUGAAGGUGAUGGGUACAGGGUCCUCCCACAGACGACCUGUGUCUCCUUUCUGACUGUGAAGCGUCAGAGUGGCCGCUACAGGAAGUACACCUGCCAGUUUGUUGAUGAGCAGAACAGUGUAAAGAUAGAGGCUGACUACACACCUGACCUUACAGGCAUCAGAGGAAGAGGAAGACACUUUCUCUAUAAGAGACCUGGACAAGAUGUCGUUCUACCCUGUACCACUGAAUCAUCCUCUCCCCCAACAUGCUCCACCGUUAUAUGGCUUUAUGACAAAGAUGGAGUUAAGUCAAUCACUGAGGUCAGGAAUGGAGAAGUUAGACUGAGCUCAUCCCGAGCUGCCAGGCUGAGUGUGACCACUGACUGCUCUCUGGUCAUUAACAACGUCACUGCUGAGGAUGCUGGUCAAUACACCUGUCGCCAGAGGGGGGACAUUAACACUGAUGAAGUUACAUAUCUAAGUGUUCUGACAAUCUCUCCGUCUCAACCAGACGCUGAUCCAAACAGGGAGGAUGACAUCACAUUAGAGUGCUCUCUGUUUAGUCGAAGCAACAUUCCUUGUCGAGAGAACAGCAUCCGCUGGGUGGAUGAGAGCGGAGCUGAGCUGCUGGGUGAAGGUGAUGGGUACAGGGUCCUCCCACAGACGACCUGUGUCUCCUUUCUGACUGUGAAGCGUCAGAGUGGCCGCUACAGGAAGUACACCUGCCAGUUUGUUGAUGAGCAGAACAGUGUAAAGAUAGAGACCGACUACCCACCUGACGAUCCUCCUUCUAAUCAGAUCUACAUCAUCAUUGGGGGGGUGGUCGGGGCGGUGGUAGUGCUGGUCGUCAUCGCUGUGCUCAUCAUAUACAGGAAGAGAGCCAACGUGGCAGAGGAUGCUCUGAAACCAACUCAACACCCUGACGAGCCAGAGAGCAAUCUGACUUAUGUCACCGUAAACCAUGCUAAUCAGCAGGCCUCUGCUGGCAAAAAGGGCAAAAAGGAGGAGAUGACGUAUUCUACAGUCAAAUCUCAGACGACAGAAGCAUAUGAGGAUCCCAGCAAUCUCUACAGCAAUGUCAGAAACCUGAAAUAAAUCAGAGGAAAUGCAACUUCUCACAAUGACCUGUUCAGAAGAGGACAGCUGGAUUUGUGCUUUGUUUUUGAUCUAGUUUGUGUUGUGCUGGCUUUGCUGAGCCCCUGGUAAGGAUGCCCCCUCGUCCAGCUGGUGAUAGGCCUCGGGCAGUGACGGACUAGCAUUUCUCAUACUGGUGAGGGGGGUGUGGGGGUGCGCAACUCGCAGAUAGAACUUUUGACGCACAAAAAGAACACACACUUUUGAUAGCCCCAGUGAUGGUGAAUGUAAACUCCCAUGCUAUAAACUACUGCACCCAAACAAAGACAUGUCAAUGCACAUCUCCAAUGCAAAAAAAGUAAUAAAUCAGUCAGUUGGCAGCAUUUUUACCAUCAGCCAACAGCACUCUCUUGUGUUUCUCUCUCUAUUACUCUGCCCCUCCCCCCUUGUGUCGCUGGAUGCCUUGAUUCCUUGAUUCCUUUUUUAUCAACAGUAUAGCUUCCUACUUCCAAAGUAGCCACAGAAAAUUAUUAUUGAUGCUUAAAAGGGGGCCGAGAGAAAUGAUAUGGUCCACCGAUUACAAUUAAGUGGCAGCAUGGCUGUGACAAUCAUGCGGCUCUCUGAUUGGCUGGCUGGCCCUAACGGCCCACAAGGGCCCGCGGCCCCUCUGGCAUCCGCCCAAAUUCCAGAUUACCAGUCCGUCACUGGCCUCGGGGAAGACCCCCUAGGUGGAGAUAUUGUACAGUAUUUCCACCCUGGCCUGGGAACGCCUCGGGGUCCCCUAGUCAGUGUUGGCUGAUGUGGGUCGUAAAGAGAAGUUUGGGGUCCUCUGCUGGAGCUGCUGCUCCCGCGGCAACACCGGAGAA